CCUUAAUAACUCUCAAUUACUUUGUGUUUACUCAUACGAGAGACCAACACUCUCAAAACUCAUCAUCCGGAUAAACAUGGAUCAUGAAGACCUCCCUAGAUCUACACUCGAGUCUCCUCUUGUUGUAAACCAUGGAAAUGGUGGCGAACGCGUCGAGAAUAUUUGUACGAAGACGGAGAUUAUAGCAGAGCUGAAGAAGCAGAUGAGCUUGGCAGGACCUUUGAUUGCUGUUAGUUUCUUUCAGUAUAGUUUACAAACGAUAUCAGUUAUGUUCGUUGGCCAUCUUGGUCAGCUUUCUCUUGCAGGCGCUUCAAUGGCUACUUCCUUUGCCGGAGUUACCGGUUUCGGUUUCCUGCAGGGAAUGGGAAGUGCACUUGAAACAUUUGCUGGACAAGCCUACGGAGCAAAACAAUAUCAUAUGCUUGGCGUACACUUGCAGAGAGCUAUUCAGGUUCUUGCACUUAUGAGCAUUCCGGUUUCGUUUCUUUGGGCUAAUUGUGGCCAUAUUUUCAUCCUCUUCGGACUAGAUAUGGAAAUCGCAACUUAUGCUCAAAUUUAUAUCCUGUGGUUAAUCCCAACCAUUCUUCCUUUCGGUAUCCUUCAGUGCCAAGUCAGAUUCUUACAGGCACAAAAACUUGUGCUACCUAUGUUGAUUGGUACUGGAAUUAGUAGUUCAAUGCAUAUUCUUAUGUGCUGGACAUUCAUACUCAAAUUUGGCUUCGGCCACAAAGGGGCUGCUCUGUCCGUCGCCAUCAGUUAUUGGAUGAAUGUGUUGUUUUUGGCAAUUUAUAUCAAGCUUUCUCCUGCAUGUUACAAGACUUGGACUGGUUUUUCGAAGGCCGGCAGGGAAAAUCUUGUUGAUUUCAUUAAGCUGGGAAUACCUUCUGCUCUUAUGUUCUGUGCGGAAUACUGGUCAUUCGAAACACUGGUUCUGAUGUCAGGUCUUCUUCCCAAUCCAAAGCUAGAAACGUCAAUGAUGUCAAUCAGCCUUAAUACAAGCUCAUUGGUCUUCAGAAUCCCGAGUGGUUUGGGAAGUGCUGUAAGCACGAGAGUGUCAAAUGAAUUAGGUGCAGGGAAACAUCAAAAUGCUCGGCUCGCAGUGCGGGUAGUAAUAUGGCUGGCCGUUACAGAGGGAAUUUUAUUAAGUUCAAUUGCAGUUGUAGUUCGAAAUAAAUGGGGUUAUCUGUUCACUAAUGAACCAGAAGUAGUUACAUAUUUAGCUUCCAUAAUGCCAUUACUUGCGAUAUCCAAUUUUAGUGAUGGAAUACAGGGUGUUCUUUCAGGUAUUGCUAGAGGUUGUGGUUGGCAAAAGAUCGGAGCUUAUGUGAACUUAGGAUCUUAUUAUCUUGCUGGUAUCCCUUGUGCUAUAGUUUUGACAUUUGUUUUCCACCUUGGAGGAAAGGGACUAUGGAUAGGAAUAAUUACUGGAAGUUCCCUACAAGCAAUUUUGCUUUUAGUGAUAACGAUGCAAACAAAUUGGGAGACAGAAGCCAAAAGGGCAAGGGAUAGAGUGUAUGCUUCCAUCAUCCCCAUCAAUUAGAGUGUAACGCCCAUUUUAUCAUAGAGAUAUGGAAUAAUUACGACUAGUUUUAAUUUGUUUGAUAAUAACAAUCUCAUAUAUCAAAGAAAUAAUUAUACUAUUAAUUUAAUGUUCAAAUUGGCUGAUAAUAAUAUAUAUGCAUUUCUAUCA